CAGCUGCUAACACUCACACACCGCCUGCCGCCGCCGCCGCGCUGCUCCGGGACUCCGGGCAGGAGGAAGAGAGGGAAAGCGAGGAAAAGCCAGACGCGGGAGAGGAGGCAGAAGAUUGCUGGCAGGGAGAAGGAAGUCAGAGAGGAGGGAAGCGCGGAAAGAGGGAGAAGAAGCCCUCCUCCCCGUGGAGAGACGACUUCCCAUGCAGCUGGGGACAGAGCGAGAAGCUGGAGCUCAGAAACUGUGAGAGAAGCUUUCCAAGCAAGUUACUUAAUCCCCGAAGAGCGGCGGGAGGAGGGGACAACAGUAAUCACCGAUCAUAGCCAUUAUUCCCAACCCCUCAUCAUUUAACACCCGGGCGGUUCAAUGCACUACUCCAAGCUCUUCCUAGUUUCCUCCUCGGGGUAACUUUGGAGGACGCGCCGCCGGUGCCGCCCGGAGGUGAGGAGAAGAACCUCGAAAGAAGGAAAAAGAAGUUUUGUGGGGGUUGUGUGCGGAGGAGAAGAUGGGGUGGAAGCGCCGCUGCUGCUGGGGAGGCGGAGGCGGCGGGGACCUUCUCUGUCGGCUCACCCUGGUGCUGGGGUUCCUGCUGCCCGCCUGCAGGACGCGCCUGUACACCAACCACUGGGCUGUGCGGAUAGCUGGGGGGCUCCCGGAGGCCAACAGGAUAGCUAGCAAGUACGGAUACGUCAAUAUAGGACAGAUUGGUACACUGAAGGAUUACUACCACUUCUACCAUAGCAAAACAAUUAAAAGGUCAGUUCUCUCAAGUAGAGGUACCCACAGCUUCAUUUCAAUGGAACCAAAGGUGGAGUGGAUACAACAGCAGGUGGUUAAAAGAAGGAUAAAGAGGGAUUAUAAGCCUGGUGGUACCCAAUCCACUUAUUUCAAUGAUCCCAAGUGGCCAAGCAUGUGGUACAUGCACUGCAGUGAUAACACCCACCAUUGCCAAUCAGAUAUGAAUAUAGUAGGUGCUUGGAAGAGAGGUUACACUGGAAAGAAUGUUGUGGUCACCAUCCUGGAUGAUGGCAUCGAAAGAAACCACCCAGACUUGAUGCAGAAUUAUGAUUCACAGGCCAGUUUUGAUGUCAAUGGAAAUGAUUUUGACCCUAUGCCUCGAUAUGAUGCCAGCAACGAGAACAAGCAUGGAACCCGUUGUGCUGGAGAAGUGGCAGCCACGGCAAACAACUCACACUGCACAGUAGGAAUCGCCUUUAAUGCAAAGAUUGGAGGUGUACGGAUGCUGGAUGGAGAUGUGACAGACAUGGUAGAAGCAAAGUCUCUAAGCCUUAAUCCUCAGCACAUCCACAUCUACAGUGCCAGCUGGGGGCCUGAUGACGACGGUAAGACUGUGGAUGGACCUGCUUCUCUAGCACGUCAGGCCUUUGAGAACGGCAUCAGAAUGGGACGGAGAGGCUUAGGUUCAGUCUUUGUUUGGGCAUCUGGAAAUGGUGGAAGAAGUCGAGACCACUGCUCCUGUGAUGGCUACACCAAUAGCAUCUAUACUAUCUCCAUAAGCAGCACAGCUGAAAGUGGGAAGAAGCCAUGGUAUCUGGAAGAAUGUGCAUCCACACUAGCUACAACAUACAGCAGUGGGGAAUCCUACGACAGGAAAAUAAUCACCACAGACCUGAGGCAGCGUUGCACAGACAGCCAUACUGGAACCUCAGCCUCUGCACCAAUGGCUGCAGGCAUCAUUGCACUGGCACUGGAAGCAAAUCCAUUUCUGACCUGGAGAGACAUACAGCAUAUUAUUGUCAGGACUUCACGUGCAGGACAUCUGAAUGCUAACGACUGGAAAACCAAUGCAGCUGGUUAUAAGGUGAGCCACCUCUAUGGUUUUGGACUGAUGGAUGCUGAAGCAAUGGUGAUAGAAGCAGAAAAGUGGACAACGGUCCCUCCACAGCAUGUGUGUGUGGAGAACACGGAUCGGCAAAUCAAAACAAUACGACCUGACAGCAUUGUCCGUUCAAUUUACAAAGCCACUGGCUGUUCUGAUAAUCCUAACCACCACGUGAUCUACUUGGAGCAUGUCAUUGUACGCAUCACUAUUACUCACCCUCGACGUGGAGACUUGGCAAUUUACCUAACUUCUCCUUCUGGAACUAGGUCACAGCUCUUGGCCAACAGGCUAUUCGACCAUUCCAUGGAAGGAUUCAAAAACUGGGAGUUUAUGACUACUCACUGCUGGAGUGAAAAAGCAGCAGGUGACUGGAUUUUGGAAAUCUGUGACACUCCAUCUCAGCUGAGAAAUUUCAAGACUCCAGGCAAACUGAAAGAGUGGUCCUUAGUACUAUAUGGAACAUCCAUUCAGCCCUACUCACCAAGAAAUGAUUUUCCAAAAGUGGAAAGAGUGCGCUCUAGUCCAGUUGAAGACCCUACAGAAGAUUAUGGAACAGAUGACUAUUCAGGUCCCUGCAAUGCAGAAUGUAGUAAAGUAGGGUGUGAUGGACCAGGACCAGAUCACUGUACUGACUGUCUGCACUACUACUACAAAUCUAAGAACAACACACGGAUCUGUGUUUCGACCUGCCCACCUGGUCACUACAAUGCAGACAAGAAACGCUGUAAAAAAUGCUCACCCAAUUGUGAAACCUGUGUUGGAGGCCAUAGUGACCAGUGCAUGACCUGUAAAUCUGGCUACUACCUGAAUGAAGUAACCAAUAGCUGUAUUACCAACUGCCCUGAUGGGUUUUACCUGGAUAAGAAUAAGAUUAUUUGCCGAAAAUGUAGUGAAAACUGUAAGACAUGUGUUGAAUUCCAAAUCUGCACAGAAUGCAAACAUGGCCUAAGUUUGCAUGGCACUAGAUGUGCUAUCCGCUGUGAAGAAGGAAAAUACCAUAAUGGUAGAGAAUGUGAACCAUGUCACCAUUCCUGUGCAACAUGUGCAGGUGCUGGAGUAGAUGCCUGUAUAAACUGCACACAGGGUUAUUUUAUGGAAGAUGGAAGAUGUGUGCAGUCCUGCAGUAGUGGAUAUUACCUUGAUCACUCUACUGAAAGUGGAUACAAAAGCUGCAGAAGAUGUGAUGCCAGCUGUUUGGAUUGUAGUGGCCAAGGAGACAGAAAUUGUACGAGCUGUCCAAGUGGCUAUAACCUAGACACUGGUGUCUGCGUAGUAGGAACAGUCUGCAAGGAUGGGGAAUAUCUUGAUGAUUCCCAAGAAUGUCGGUUGUGUGAAGCAUCCUGUCAGAAGUGCAUUGGACCUGAGCCAGACAAUUGCAUCAGCUGCCCACUCACAAGAGUCUUUGACGAUGGUUACUGUGUUAUGCAAUGCCCCAGAGGAAAGUUUGAAUUCAAAGAACAGUGUCAUUUGUGCCAUCAUACCUGCCUGGAGUGCAGUGGAAGUGAACCUAACAAAUGCUCCACUUGUGGAACAGAUAGAAGAGGGAUCGAACGUUUCCUGUAUCAUGGGGAGUGCAGAGAGAGCUGUCCUCCAGGUCACUACCAUUCAGAGCAUACCUGCAUGGCUUGCUCUGGCCACUGUGAGGUGUGCCUUAACUCCAGCCACUGCAAAAAAUGUUCUAGAGGCUACUACCUUACCCAAAACAUAUGUCAGAAGCACAGUUGUAGAGAAGGUGAAGUGGAAGAUCCUGAUUCUGAAGACUGCAUACCAUGUUCAGAUGGAUGCCAGAACUGUAAACUAGAUGACCCACGAAUCUGUAUAACAUGCAUUCCGAACUAUUACAUGUAUGAACAGCAUUGCUAUAAAUACUGCCCAGAAAAUACCUACAGAGAUGAAAGUUCUCUGCAGUGUAGAGAGUGUCCUAGCAAUUGUGAUAGCUGUGACAAUGACAAGUGUGACUCAUGUAAGGAAGGCUUUUAUCUCUCAGGCGGCACAUGUGUGAGUGAAUGUGGAGAUGGUUUCUUCACUGAUGACAUCUCUAGAGAAUGCGAACCUUGCCACAGGAGCUGUGCAACAUGUGUUGGUUACAGCUACGAGAACUGUACUGGGUGCAAAAACAGUUUCCAAUUAUUACGCGGGCAGUGUCUGAAUCCAAGAAAUUCUCUGCCCAAUGGGAAGUUCUGGAGUGAUGCAAAAAAAAAAUUGCAGUCCUGUGAUCCUUCAUGUAAGACCUGUGAGAAAUCUGCCGACAUAUGUACUUCAUGUCCAGAAGGAAAGUUUCUUAUCGAUGAUAUCUGUGUUUCUCUGUGCCCUCAAAAAACUUUUGGAAACAUUGCAAGUGGAAAGUGCGAGAUGUGCAUGGAUGGCUGUGAGGUGUGCUCCGACCACUGGCACUGUCAGAAGUGUCAGGCUGAACAGGACCAGCCGCUCUUUCUCCACAAAGGCAGAUGUUUACAGGAAUGCCCUGAGGGAUAUUUUAAUGAUUCUGAGACUUGCAAGGAAUGCAGUGGAUCCUGUAAGACAUGCAUUGGAAGUGCAACCAAAUGCCUGUCCUGUAAAAGUCCUUUACUUCUGGAGCAGUGGAAAUGUAAACCUACCUGUUCAGAGAAGCACUUUCCCUCUGAAGGAAUCUGCAAACGCUGCCUUGAAAUGUGUCAAGAGUGCAUUCACAAUCAAACAUGCAAAGAGUGCAUGGAUGACUUCUUCCUGCACGAGGGGAAGUGUGUGCAGGAGUGCCCUUCUCACUUCUACGCCGAAGACAAGCACUGCUUUCCCUGCCAUGCAGACUGCAAAGACUGUGACGGGCCGGACUCAGAUGAUUGCACUCAGUGCGCUAUUGACUUCUUUGUCCUCUACAGUGGCAUGUGUUUUGAAGAGUGCCCUGAAGGGACUUACUAUGAAGAAGCCACAGACGACUGUCAAGCAUGCAACAGGACAUGCCAGACUUGUUCUUCUUCCACUGCCUGCCUUACUUGCAGAAAUGGCCUGAUGUUGAACCAUGACGGGCACUGUGUAGCAUCUGGCUACUGUUCUAGCACUGAGUACUACAUUGAGAAAAAUCAGGCCUGCAAGCCUUGUCAUAAGAAAUGCUUCCACUGCUCAGGACCCACUGAACACCAGUGUCUUAGCUGUGCAAAUAACCACUAUCUUCUCAAUACAACCUGUGUUGAAACAUGCCCAGAUGGGUAUUAUGUUGACAGCAAUGAGGGACAAUGUUCCCCAUGCCACACUGCCUGUGUCACUUGCACUGGAAAACACAGCUCACAGUGCCUUUCCUGCAAACCAGGCUGGUACAGACAAGGAAAAGGAUGCAUAAACCAGUGUCCAGCAGGGUAUUUUGCACAAAACUCCACUGGAUCAUGUGAGAGAUGCCACAAGGGUUGUAAGGAGUGUACAGGGCCUCAACGCACAGACUGCCUUUUCUGUGAUACAUAUUUCUAUCUGUUGCGCUCCAAGAACGAAUGUGUUAGCUCUUGUCCUGAGUACUACUACGAAAGCAAGGACAACAACAUCUGUGAAAGAUGCCACCCUUCUUGCCGAACUUGUGAAGGGAAGGGGGCAUUCAGCUGCACAUCUUGUGUAUGGAGCUACAGUUUAUUGGGUGGAAUGUGCAACUCAGACUGUUUUGUAGGUGAAUACAAAGUCCAGGAGACACCAGGACAAGAGGAGGAUGAGCCCAGGUGUGAGAGAUGUGACAGCUCAUGCACUGAGUGCAAGGGGCCUGGGCCUCUCAACUGCACUGUCUGCCCAGCCAGCAUGCAGCUGUACCUGGAUGACAGCCGCUGCCUGCCCUGCUGCAGUGACCCUGACCUGGCAGGCACCCCAGAGUGCUGUGACUGCAGUGAAACACAAGAUGACUGUGUAUUACGGACCACUUUACCAGCUAAGAGCAAAAGCAAAACUACUUUCUUUGUUAUUACGUGUGUUUUGCUUCUCCUUGUCAUUGGAGCUAUUGUAUUCAUAUGGAGAAAAUCACGAGCCAAAACCCAGCCUGUCAACAAAGGUGGGUAUGAGAAGCUGACAAAUCACUCCAAAGCCUUUCCUUCAUAUGUGAGCAACUACCACGAGAGUCUCGGCUACCAGGAAGAUCAAGUGAUUGAGUAUAGAGAUCGAGAUAAUGAAGAUGAUGACGAAGAAGAUGACAUUGUAUAUAUGGGCCAGGACGGCACAGUCUAUCGCAAAUUUAAAUAUGGACUUUUGGAGGAUGACGAGGAAGAUGAGCUGGAAUAUGAUGAUGAAAGUUACUCAUUUAGAUAACUCUUUACUAAUUUAUUAAUUUCCUGCUCUGUUGCUUUUCCUAUUAAAGUACAGCAAUUUAGUUAAGAAUAUUUAGUUACUUCUUAGCAUGCUGAGCUCAAGAUUUUAGCUAACAGUUAUUCUAAGAGCAGAAUAGUUUCUAAAACUUUUUUUCCUAAAGCUUUACAUAAAUCCUUGCUAGGCUUUUAAGUAGCACUGCAGAUGUAGGCUGGUUAAGAGAUUAUGUUUCUGUGUUUUUGUGUGGAGAGUAAAUCCUUUCCCAAUAUGUAUUUGUGUGCAUUACAACUAACUCUGCUUCAAACCAUGCACACACGCUUAUUGAGAACCUUGCCAAUCACUACUAGAAAUGUGCAGAUGAUGUGUAUUUAUCUACCUGAUGAAUGCCACUGGGAAAGGGUGCCAGUAGUUUACUACUUUGUGAUUACAGUUAUUCAGCAAUUCAUAAUAGAAUUAGGCAAGUUUGCUGACUUUACCCAGACUUCUUUGUUGGUAUCAUCUGGUGCAUCCAUGUUCCUUGAAGUCUGCACUGUCCUCCUUGUAAUCUUGUAGCAUACUUCCCAGUGAAAUUUUGCAUCUAUGACAUGACAUUUUAAGAUUUCUGAUUGUGACUCUACUAUAGGUUAACUACAUUGUAUUCACAGUUUGUAUGAAAUAUGACUAAAAUAUUUUGUGUAUCAACCUCUGAUUAAUCUUUACUGUGGUGUUUGUCAAAUAAUCUUUCAUUAUACACACACACUUCUGGGUUUACUGCAAAGGGAAAUAUGGUCUAUAAGCACUACUACCAAAAAAAGGACUCCUUUUGUCCUUUCAACUACCUUCUCAGUGAUUUAAAAACAGAACAUUUAUUCAAGCAGCUUUUCCAUCUCUGUUGUAAAUGGCUCGGGAUGUUCAGUCAAUGGCAAAGAGAAUAAUUAUCACUUAUUUGUUAAUGUAACUUAAAGGAACACAGCAAUGUGAUUUUUUAUGAUUAUUACAGAAAUAUAAUUUAUCAUACUAAAGAAAAGGAUACUCUUUAUGGCACUUCGUUGUGAAAGAAUAAA